ACACCUGCGUGCACUGGUAGUUACAUCACGAAGGCAGCCGGUACAUUUCCUCCUCCUUCGUACGUGCGAAUUGAGAACCCAAGGGACCCCAAAAGCUGAACAUUUGUCUCACAAUUUUCCCCAUUAACGCUACAUUUGUGUUCACAGUCACAAUGUCUGCCUACGAGGAGAACGAGUCCAAAUUUAUAAGAAAAGCCAAGGAGAAUCCAUUUGUCCCUGUGGGAAUGGCCGGCUUCUUCGCCAUCGUGGGCUACAGACUGUGGAAGUUAAAAAGUCGCGGGGACACGAAAAUGUCCGUGCACCUGAUCCACAUGCGCGUGGCCGCCCAAGGCUUCGUGGUGGGAGCCAUGACUGUCGGUGUCCUUUAUACAAUGUACAGAGACUUCUUUGCCAAACCAAGAGAAGAACAGAACCCAACGCAAUCCAAGUGAACGUGGACUGAACUCCUUUUGUUUAAUGUCCCUUAAUAUUACUUGAUAUUAAGGUUUUAUUUUUCUACUGACAGCCCACACCGUAUGUAUGCGCAUUUCCACAAAGUAAAUAAUAUUUGAUGACCUGUCUA